AUGGGCGCCAAGCUCGAGGAGGACCAGCGCGCCGCGCUGCGCCAGGCGUUUGACGCGGAGACCGGCACGCUGCGGCCCAGCGUGAACAUCGUGGUCGACAUGCGGCUGCUGCUGUACCACGUGCACCUCGACGCGCCGCCGCUGGUCGCCGAGGGCGAGGACCCCCCCCCGACGGAAGAGCUCCGCCUGGCGCGCCUCAUGGUGUAUCCCCUAGCGUUCUUUUACCCCGUGGAGCCGUGGCCGAAGUGCACGAUGCGCGCGGUGCCGCGCGGGGACAACCGCAUGCGCCUGCUCAGCGCGGUGCUCGCGCCGGCGCUCGCGGAGAACUCCCGGGCGCGGCACCAGCGCUCGGUGUGGACGCGCGACCCCAAGGCCAUCGAGGAGGAGGGGCUGUUCGAGGCGGACUUCAGGGACCCGCACGAGGGCAUACAAGACGGGCACGUGGCGGCGCACAUCGCGCAGAUCAAGGCGGCCCUGGCGCUGAUUCUGAAGUCGACAUUCGAGACGCUGUACCCGAAGGAGAAGUCUCUCGAGGGCGGGGGCCUCAAGCGCAGCGACAGCGACGCGAACGCCCUGGGCAAGCUCAAGGGCAAGCUCAAGGCCGGGGAGCUGUUCGAGCACUCGCAGCGGCCGCUGACGACCGUGCUGUACCGCGCGCUGCCGUGCGAGGACGACAAGUUCGCGUUCAUGGCCACCGUGACCAGCGACGCCGAGCCAGGGUCUGCAGAGUUCUACCUCGACAUGCUCAAGGCCGUCGAGGAGGCCGGAAAGAAGGUCCCGGCGAACCGGAAGCCCCCCGGGUGGACGCGCGGCGGCGGCGGCGGGUUUUUGGGCAAGCUGAAGAGGGGCGGCGCGUCGCCUGAGGGCGCGGAGGGGGCGCAGGCGCCGUUCCGUGCCAUGCUGCAGUUUGACGCAGACUCGUCCGGGUGGGGGGAGACGCCGGACCUGCCCGACGACGCGAAGCUGCCAGGGCGCGGAAGCCACGUGCGGGUCCUGACGGUGCGGCUCGACGACGCGGAGGCCACCCUGGAGGGAGAGCAGCAGCGCGCCACCAAGGAGUUCGCUGCGCAGAACGUCAACGACGACGGCGUGCGCGUGAAGCCCGGCGCGGCGUGGAGCAGGGAGAUGAUAGGCGACGACGACCUCGAGGUGGUGGUGCGCCGGCGCGUCGACGACCCGAGCACGUACGACCUGUGCGCGGUGCCGCUGGACGACGCGGAGGCCCUGAUGGGGGCGGUGCACUGCGCGCAAAUCAUGUACAAGGACGUGCAGGCGAUGGAGAAGGAGGAGGGCGCGUCGGAGACGACUGACACGCUCGAGGACGACCUGUGCGUGCUGGCGUACGGCUACCGCGCCCUCGCGCGCCUGUGGCUGCAGUACCGUCUGACGCGCUGCGGGUUCUCGGCAGUUGAGGCAACGGUGGACCAGCGGCUGCCGCACGACCGCCUGCGCGAGCUGACGGAGGUGUUCGACAUUACCUCGGACGACAGCUCGUACAUGCGGGAGCUGCGGCUGAAGAACCCACAGAAGUAUGCGCGCGUACAGCAGAAGCGCACCAACAAGAUCAUGCCCGAGAUCCGGGCGGGCGAGAACGGCGGCGCGGGGGAGGGCAACGGGGUGAGCGAGAAGGAGCGGGCGAGGGAGGAGAGGCGGCAGCAGAAGGAGCAGCAGAAGGAGAAGAAGUUGCAAGAGAAGGAAGAGCAGAGGGAGAAGGCGAGGGGGGAGAAGGAGCGGCGGGAGGAGGAGAAGAAGGAGCUUGAGGGGAUGUCGAAGGAGGAGAGGAAGGAGUUCAUGCGGAAGAGGAAGGAGGACCUGAAGGACGGGCGGCGGGCGAGGAAGCUGGAUUCCAAGGCGGACGCUGCGCUGGCGACGGCGCGGGCCGAGGUCGUCCCGGACAAGACGCCCGAGGAGUGGGUGCUGGAGCAGGAGGUGCUCGAGGCCGCGGGCAUCCCGCUCGCGCACCUGGAGCAGCGCGCGCUGCUCAUCACGAUGCCGGGCUACCUGUUGCAGAAGAAGGCGGUCGAGGAGGGGUUCCUCGUCAGGACGCUCCCGGGGCCGGACGGGACGUUCUCGGGCGGCUUCGUCGGCGCGCAGUUCAUGCGGGGCGCCCCGCUGACCGCGAUGCAGCUCGAGGACGACCCCGACGCCGUCGCGCCGGCAUACGCGCCCGCGGCGCCGUCGACGGACCCCCUGUCGCUGUUUGGCCCCGCGGAGGCGAUGGUGCUGAUGGAGUCGCGGCUCGCGGACGCGACCUCGACGACGCCUGCGCCGCACGGUGGCGUGGACUACUUCCGCGGCGGCGCGGACGUGUUCGUGCGGGAGCUGGUGUCGCAGGGGUUCGUGGAGUCGGUUGUGCGGUGCCAGCAGACGCAGGGGCGGGAGCAGCUCAAGGUCACGUGGGCGAGCCCGUGGAAGUUCAAGGGGUGGUGGCACUACGUGCGCAAGGCGGGCAAGUGGCUCUGGCAGCCCGAGGACCUCGUCGCGCAGUUCUACGGCACUGAGCGCGGCCUCUACCACGCUUUUCUCGCAUACUUCACCGCCUGGCUCAUCCCGGUCGCUAUCAUCGGCGUCCCCAUCAACUUCCUAGUGUCGCGCGGCGUGGACACCGUGGACGGCACGUACAUGUGGGCGUACGUCGUGUACGCAGCCUGCGUGGCGCUGUGGACCGGCUUCGUCGUCCUGGCCUGGGCACGACAAGCCCGCGUGCUGGCGUACCGGUGGGAGGCCGGCCUCUACAACAGCAUGAGCGACAACAUGACUCUGGACGAGGAGGUGCGGCCUGAGUUCGUGGCCGGCCUGGACGCGAAGCUCAAGGAAGGCGGUGAGGACGAGGCCAAGGUGCUGGGCUUCAUCAAACGUGGCCUGCGAGUCGAGCGCGCGGGCAAGCGCGAGCGGCGCCGCGGCGGCCGGGAGCCCGGUCCGCAAGUCGACGGCCAUGUUGGCGGCGCCCCGCCGUCUGCUGCCAAGCCGGGGAAGAAGGCGAGCUUCGUGGGGGCGUCUGCGGAGGCGUCGACCGCGUUGGUGGACAUGUCGGACGAAGUGCUCGCGCGGCGGAUCAAGGCGGACCUGCGCGCGUUCAACGAGGCGUACUUCCUGCCCCCGAAGCUGCGGCGGCGGCGGCAGAUCGUCAGCAUGAUCAUCCUGGCGGUCUUCAUUCUGAUGAGCACUGCCGCGACGUCGGUAUGCCUCUACAUCCAGUUCGCCCUGCGCGAGGGUGACCUGUUCGGGUUCACGGUGCACGACGGCUCGGAUUCGGAGAAGGAACAGUGGACGCUGUACAGCUACGCGGUGGCGGGUCUGCUGAACGGCCUCUUGAUUCCGCUGUUCCAGUUCGCGUACACGACCGUCGGGCUGCGGCUGGUGCAGUGGGAGAUGUACCGCACGGACACGGAGCACAACAACGCGUACGCCGCACGCAUGGCGCUGUUCUUCUUCUUCAACGCCAACAACUCGCUGUUCUACAUCGCCUUCUGGCUGCGCGACUGGAUCCACCUCCGCGCCCAGCUCGCCUCGCUGCUCAUCACCGGCCAGGUCGUCGGGCAGUUCCGCGAGGUGCUCAUCCCCUGGGCCAUGUCCGUCUUCGUCCCGAAGGCGCUCGGGAAGGUCAAGGGCCGGCAGAGCGGCAAGGCGCUCCGCGUGCGCCUCACGCGCGGCGGCCGGCUCCGCGUCGUGCAGGGCGCGGACGCCGCGCCGCUGCGCCUCAAGGACGAGAUGUGGGGGCUCCGCGGCGAGGGCAAGCCGGUGACGGACGUCGGGAACGACGCGGAGGCUGCCGGCACAGCGGGGGCGGGCCGCGACGACGCGGCGGCCGAGGAGGCGCGGCGUGCGCGCGAGGAGCGGGAGCGGGACCUGCUGCUGCGGUUCCCCAGGAUCUGCAGCCGGCUGGGCGUGGACAAGCUGCACAGCGAGGGCCCGGAGGGGCUGCAGCGCAAGGUGGGCGCGCACGCGACCGCGGGGGUGGACGCCGGCGGCGCGGGCGCGAGCGGCGAGGUGGUGCUGCCGCUGGGGCACAAGGGCGGGCUGUACGGCGGGACGCUGCGGUUCCACGGUCGGCUGAACGAGGAGGACCUGCACGGGGAGUACCUGGAGCUGAUGGUGCAGUACGGGUGGAUAUCGAUGUUCGUGUCGGUGUUCCCGCUGGCGCCCAUCCUGGCGGUGGCCAACAACAUCGCGGAGAUCCGCAUCGACGCGUGGAAGCUGGUCAACCUGUACCGCGCGCCGCCGCCGCGCAUGACGACGUCGAUCGGCAUCUGGCAGGUCGUGUUCCAGACGGUCGCGGUGAUCUCGAUCACCACCAACAUGUCGAUCGUGGCCUUCACCAAGUUCGAGCUCGCGUCGGACAUCGACGAGCUCACGGCGGGCAGCGAGGUCACGGGCCUCGAGGUUCUCUUCCCAGACACCAGCUCCUAUAUGCGCCUCCUGUACGCCAUCCUGAUUGAGCACGUGGUGCUGGCGAUCGCGCUGCUGGUGCAAGCGACGCUCAACCACCCGCCCGCGGUGAUCAAGGAGGACAUGUACAGGCAGCGCUUCUUCAACGUGCGGCAGGACGCCGAGAGCCGCAGGGAGCUCGCAGAGGCGGCUCUCAAGCCCAAGCAGACCACGGUCGCGCGCGCAAUCGCGUCUGCGCGGCCCGGCGCGGUGAGCGGCGACGGGCUGCGCAAGCGCAACGUGGGGAACCAGCAGGGCUCGUCGUCGCAGGCCCCCCGGUUCCCGUCCGCGAUUCCGGAGGGGGCUAGCGGCGCGUCGGGCGAGCAGCCGAAGUUCGUGGGCUCUAACCCGCCGAAGACGAGCUCGAAGCCCCCCGAGAAAACGCCGCCGCCCGCGACCCCGCAAGAGACACGCCCCGCGUCCAAGCCCGAGCCCGCUAAGCAAGAGCCAAAGGCAGAGCCGAAGCCAGAGCCGAAGCCUGAGCCGAAGCCAGAGCCGAAGCCCGAGCCGAAGCCCGAGCCGAAGCAGGAGCCCGCUAAGCAUCCAGAACAAAAGCCUGAGCCAAAGCCGGAGCAGCAGUCCGAGCAGCAGCCAGAGACCGCUGCGCCACCCCUGCCGGCGAGGGCGCUCCCGCCUGUUGGGACGCCGUCCCAGUCGAUGCGGGGCUCUGGUGAAGGUGUCCGGUCCCCGAAUGCUUCGGGGAACCCCCGAUCGCCGCCCGCGAACCAGGUGUCCGUGAGGAUGCUGCAGCCACUCGAGCGGAAGUAG